UAGAUAGGUAUACAAAGAUUUCGCGUAUCAUCAACAAAAAAAAUACAAGAAACAUUUUUUCACUAGUGGAGUUGGAGUAAAAAAUUUAUUAAAGAAUUCUCGUGAUAAACUAUACAAUUUUUACAAGUGUUAUUGAAAUGAUGGCUGUUUGAUCUACCGCGUGUUAAAUUAGUCGAUGUUCGUAUAUCCUUCUCCAUUACUUCGUCGCUUCAAUUAAUCAUUAAUUUCAUCUGCGAAUCUUAUCUCACUCGUCAACAUGAAAAUCACCGUGACUACGCUGAACGAUGAAAUAUUCAACCUGGAUGUAAGCGAAGAUCUAGAAUUGGAAAACUUCAAAGCGUUUUGCGAAAUUGAAUCGGGUAUAUCCGCCACCGAAAUCCUCAUCAGUCACAAUGGUAAGCCUUUGAGGGAUAACAGUCUUUCCUUGAAGGCCCACGGUGUAGCAGAUGGUGAUGUUGUCAUACUACAGCGGAUGUUUGGAAACCCCCAAGAAAGGGCUAGCAAUGCUCCUGCAUCUAGUCAAAAUCCUCUUUCUAGCAUGGAUUUCAGUAAUAUUCAAAUUCCAUCUUCAGCCUUAGCCAAUUUAGACGGUGCUUCUGUACCUUCUUCCUCGAAUACCGCAUAUCUACGUGAUUUAUUUUUAGCCAAUCCCGAUCAAAUGGCUCUUCUAAAGCAAAAUAAUCCCAGAUUAGCCGAUGCAUUGACUAGUGGAAAAACUGAUGAAUUUACUAAGAUCUUAAACGAACAAAUGGAAGAGCGGAAUAGAAGAGAAGAACAGCAUCGACGAAUCUUCACCGCAGAUCCGUUUGAUUUAGAAGCUCAACGUUUGAUCGCCGAAGAAAUAAAACAAAAGAAUAUCGAUGCCAAUAUGAACGCUGCUAUGGAAUACAACCCCGAAACGUUUGGAACUGUAGCUAUGUUAUAUAUAAACUGUAAAGUCAACGGAUUCCCUGUAAAAGCUUUCAUUGAUUCUGGUGCUCAAGCUACUAUUAUGUCAGCUAACUGCGCUGAACGGUGCAAUAUCAUGAGAUUAGUGGAUACUCGAUGGUCAGGUGUAGCCAAAGGUGUAGGUGUUCAGUAUAUCAUCGGCCGGAUUCAUCUGGUACAGAUGGCCAUCGAACACGAUUUCUUAACUACGUCAUUUACUGUGUUACGAGAUCAACCGAUGGAUAUGUUACUCGGUUUAGAUAUGCUUAGAAGACAUCAAUGUACGAUAGAUCUUAAAAGGAAUGUUCUGCAUAUCGGUACUACUGGCACUGAAACGCCAUUCUUACCUGAAAGUGAAAUACCUGAUUCCAGCCACGGGCCUAGUGCACUAUCGUCUUUAACCGAAGAAGAAAGAAGGCAGAUACGGUUGGCUAAAGAAAAAUUGAUUGCUGAAAGUACUCCGUCAGCUUCAACUUCCACUUCGAGUGAUAUUAAACCUACGGAUUUAUUUAGCGAAGACGUAGUCAAAGAAAUCGUUAAUUUAGGUUUUUCAAGACAAGAUGUGAUAUCCGAAUUGAGAAGAUUUAAUGGUGAUAAAAACCAAGCCAUGGCUGCGUUGUUUGCGAAAUCGUUGAAAUUUUAACAACGAUUCCAGUAGGGUUUUGUGAAGGUGAGUGUAUUGCACGUUGUAUGCAUAAAUUAUUUAUUUAUUCGUUUGUGUAAGGUCGAAAAAAUGUUAUCAGGGUAAUAUAUUAACUUACGUUUUCGUUGUUUUUUUAAAUUAUUAUUAUUGUUUUAAAAUAAUUCAGUACUUAAAUCGACUGAUUUUGUAAAGUUUAUAUCUUCAUUUUCACAUAUAAGUACAUAUUUAUGUUCGAUAGAAAA